AUGACCCUUUACGGCUACCGCAUGAAACAGAGCCAACCUAAAACUCUUCUAAUCGAUGAACUCGAGGUCGGGCAGGAAUACGAGAUCGUCUUCACCCAAGAUAGUGGGCUCUAUAGAUAUCGGGUCGGAGAUGUCUUACGGAUUACCGGAUAUCACUACAACUGUCCUACAUUCGAAUUCAUGUAUCGAAUGGGCUUAAUCCUGAACUUGCGUUAUGAGAAGAUGAAUCAGGUUGUCCUAAAGGAAGGUCUCCAGUCGGCCGUGGGUCAGCUGAAUGGUGUAAUUCUAAUCGACUAUGCAGUAGCCGAGAGCACCCUUAUUCCGAAAUCAUCACCAGCUUUUGAAGAGACAGAAGACAUGCCGUAUUACGUGAUGUUCUUAGAGCUUGGUCAACAGGCAGCCACGACACCAGAUGAAAUCAUGAAAUUGAUUGACAAGGAGCUCCGUCAUCGAAACAGCGAUUACGAGAGACUAAGAAGAGAGGGCGCCAUCUCCCGACCUCGUAUUCACAUCAUGAAACCCGGCACGUUUGAAGAUUUGAAGAAGUAUGUAGUAAACACGACCAAUACGACUGCGAACCAGUACAAGGUCCCACGAAGGCUCCGUACCGUUAAUAUGCUUAACUUCAUGUUUGAUCACGUGGUUUAGACUCGUCACCAUCGUCAUUAAUUUUUUUUUCAUUCAUUUUUUUCCUCAACACGUGCACACGUAUGUAUCGAUAUAGCACAUACAGACAUAUAGCAUUUUCAUUUCUUUGAGGAAAGAUAAAAUAGCAAUGUAGAUAAUAUUCCUUGCCAGACAACUGUGCCUAUUUUAGCUGGUUAUAUCCCCUUUAGUGUCCCGCGAUUAAAAGAAUUCCCUACAUAAUAGUGGACUAACAUAAUAUUCCGAACCCGGACGAACAGCUUUGACAUUUCAUUAGUUUACUAGGUGACCGGUAAUAUCGUGACUCGAGUAUAUUCAUUAGGAAGACGUUCUUCAUGAAUAUAUGAUUCAGCUCAGAUGUCAAGAGGCCCUGGCUCGCGCAAUAUUAUUUGGAAAGCCCUCGCUUCGCUCGGGAAGCAACCGCCAGGACCUCGACAAGAGGCUAUGCCUAUUUCGACUCUCGGACUUCCAUGGUGCGGUUAGUGCCCCAGACCACUCGUCGAAACCGGGUACAUAAUUUAUGUCUGACAGACAUGUAGCAUUGUCUUAUUGUCUUUGUUGUUGAACGGAAGAGUUUUCAACCUUCAUCCCAAAGACAUCAAAAGAUAAGAGAUAAAAAAUGAUGCCGGGGGGGCACUCAGUAUACGGAGGGGAUCCCCAUUUUUACACUCAAAUUUCCGUUCCAAGGUA